AUGAAUAAGGCAGAGCUACAAAAGGGUUUAGUUACUACGUUAUUGCCUUCCGCUGAAUCAGUAAGAACAGCCCUUCAUCGAUCUGGAGCGUUUCGCCUAGCCGCUCCUGGAAGUACGCGGUUGCUUCGCGACGAGAUAUUCCCGGAUGAAUGGACGCCGAUAAGACUGCACCUAUUGACAAGCAUUUCCCAGCUGCUGGAACCAGGCACAUCACUUACUGGAACUGCCUUACUUGACUCUGCAACAAUAGGGGCCCACUACUACGAUUCUCGAGCUCUCGAAAUCGGUGCCUACUUCAGUCCCCCGCAUAAGGACAGCGGAACAUUGACCAUCUUGUUUCGUUCCCAUGUUAAAAAUGACGGCUUGGAAAUCGCCAAUCUCGACUCAACAGAAGAAAUUGAUAGCGAUACUGUAGGAAGGGACGCAAGUUUCAUACCUAUCCGAACUCCUAGCGAUGAGGCCCUUAAAGUAAUAGUCUUGCGGGCCUUAGACUUCAGCGCAUGCUUGGAAGUGAGCGAGCUCGGGCUUGUGUGCACAGAGUACGUGGUCCUGGCUGGAGAGAUUACGAUAGCUGCGGAUUACAACGAUUAA